AUGCAUCUACCUCAACCGGUAGUGCCGGAGGCUCCGGCCGAGCCCGCCCCAGCGACCGGGGCGGGAACUGAUGCCUCGGCGGAGGCGUCGCAAGCUGAGACCGCCGCGGUAUCUCCUGCGCCGUCGGCAGGCGAGGCCGGGGUCGAACCGGCGGCCCCUGGUGCCGCGGGAGGCCCCUUAGGAGCUCCGAGCUCCCAGAAGAAGUCUGCUCCCCGAGCGAGCCAUAAGCAGAAGGCGCCCUCAGUGGCGCUGGCCCCCCUGAAGGCCGUAAAGAGGGGGGCUCAGUCGACUCCCGGGUCGGCUAGGCCCGUGUCUCCGCCGCCUCCAGGCUACGAGGAGGCAGGACGCCACCCGGGGCAAGACACAGGGGCGCCGAAACCCCAGGGACCGGAGGACGCUGACCUCGGAGGCGCGGCCCGUCCUGCGUGCGCUGAGGAGGGGCAAGCCAUCGUGGUGUCCAGCGCGGCGCCCGAGGCCCCCGCUGCGGGGAGGGAGGAGGAAACCGGAUGGGGCAAGAGCCCCGUAAUCUGGCCCAACCUCGGCGAUGCUGAGGGGGGAGCCAGAUUUGUCCUGGACGACCCGUCAGAGAGUUACCUCUGGCAGGGUCUGGAUGCGUGUGGGCGCGCCGGUGUCGAGGCCCUCAAUCGAGCUACCCAGCUCGUGGGUCGCGACAUGUUUAAUUUGGCUCAGGCGCUCAAGGCCACCUCCCAGGAGAAAUCGGUAUUUCUCCAUCGGGAGAAGGAUGCUUGGGCGUCCUUUGAGAAGGAGAGGGCUGCCAGGGAGGCGGCCGAGGGGGAGCUCGCGAAGGAGUGCGAGAUUUCUACCGAUCUUCGGCAGAAGUGCUCAGCACUUGCCACCGAGGCUCGGGAGGCCCGAGACAUGGUCGCCCCCCUGGAGGAGAGGAUCGGGGCCCUCACGCAAGAGUCCGAGGCGCAGAAGGCGGCGGCUGAGGGGUACAAGAGUGAGGUCGCUCGGCUUGAAGCUUUGCUCGCCGAAAAAGACCUCGCCUUGAACCAAGCUCAGACCGACCUGGCCGGGGCUCUGAGCCAGGUGUCCCGCUGGCAUCAGAGCUCGGCCGAGUACGAGAAGCGCGCCAAGGAAUUGGAGGUGAAGGUGGUCGAGGCGACCUCUACUGCCGAGGCCCUGGAAAAGUCCCUCGACGCUGAGGCUUCGGACCGCUCGGCUCUUGAAGCCGUGGUCACCUCGGCGUGUGAGGGGCUCGGGGUAUCGGUGUCGGGGUCGUCGCUGCGCAGUCGGGUCGAGGCCCUUUACUCCCGGGCUGGGGAGAGGAUGAGGGAGGCGCUCCACACCGGGGUGAAAAAGGCCCUGGCGGUGGUGAGCUCUCACUAUGCCGGCAUUGAUUUGCCGGCGGUUUGUGAGGGCUACGUCCUCCCUGACGACGAAACAGAAGCCCAGGAGGAGGUGCAGAGGCUCGAUGAUGCCGCGGCUGUCCCUGGAGACGCCUUGGCUGCCUUUUUUGACGAUGAGGCGGAGCUUCCCCCCCUCGAGGCUCAAGGACCUGAGUAGAUAGGGCAAUAGGAUUCUUAGUUUUUCUUUUCUUUUUGUGGGUGUUGAGGCCGGUGGGCCUUGUAGCAUAUAUAUAUAUAAUGUUAAUGUUGAAUGUAAAUAUAACUGCUCUUUUUGGGCCUUUUCCCUAAGUAUCUUAUUUCCUUUCUCUUUAUACCGAUCCGACCUCGGCAGCGUGGGGUCGGGUGAGCUACUUAGAGUUAUCGCGCAAGUCGGAGUCCCCAAGCCUAAGUGUUUUUCCUUUUUCCUUAGUAACUCCUGGAA